AUGGGGAAAGAACUCAAAGAAGGGAUGAUGAUUCUGAGCUUCCGAGUUCUGAUGGUGUUGUUUUGCUAUAUAUUUAUUUUAGGAUUAAACUCACUCAUGUUCGACUUCCGCUCCCUCACCUUCCCCCUCUGCUUCGGCGACGUGCUCACGCGCCUCCGCUACAACGCCGCCUACUUCCGCAUGAACUACGCCAUCGUCGUCCUCCUGAUCCUCUUCCUCAGCCUCCUUUGGCACCCGAUCUCGCUCAUCGUGAUGCUCGCCGCCUGGCUCUUCCUCUACUUCCUCCGAGACGAGCCGCUCGUCCUCUUCGGCAGCACCGUCGUGACGAUUGCGCUUCUCUUUCUGACGUCAGGCAUGAUGAACAUCCUGGUGGCUCUGCUGAUCGUAGUGGUGGUGGUGGCGGUGCACACGAUGCCGAGGAAGACAGAGGAUUUGCACGUCGAUGAGGAGAACGCUGGAUUGAUGACCGGCCCAGUCGGAUCUUCAGCUUAG